CGUAAGCGUCUCAAAUAUUUUAUUGGCAAUAACUCUGGCGAUUCUUGACAUUCUUACAAUUUUCGGAAACCUUUUGGUACUUUUGGCGUUUGUAAUGGAGAAACGUCUGCUGCAGCCGUUUAAUAUGUUUAUUUUGAAUUUAGCUGUGACGGAUUUUAGCGUUGCUAUUACGGCGAUGACGUUUUACACGUUAGAUACUCUGUUGGGAUACUGGCCAUUCGGGACAAUCAUGUGCGGCGUCUGGAUUUAUUUUGACUUUGCAAUGACGUUUGCUUCAGUAUUUACACUUGUUGCAAUAUCAGUUGACAGGUUUUGGUGCGUCACAUGGGCCAUUCAUUACAGAAUGCACAAUAAUAAAAAUAAAACAGCGUUCGUUAUUGGUAUAAUAUGGUUUUUAGUUGUUGCAAUUUGGACGCCGCCAUUUAUAGGGGACCGUCUAAAGCACAGCGAGCCUCACUCUUGUAUAUGGGAACCUAACGAUAAUACUGAAUUUGUUAUAUUUGUAGCAGUAAUUGGCCAUUAUAUACCAUGUGCCAUCAUGGUUUUCUGCUAUAUAAAGGUUUUUAUGGUUAUGCGGAGACAAUCAUCUCUUGUGACUAGCUCUGCACAGGGAGGUGCUGCAUCAUCGGUGAGAGUUAAUGUGCAGGCUAUUUCAUAUAACAUGUCUGGCAAUACCUCGAAAACUUCAAAUGUUUACGUUGGCAACACUCAUUUAAACGACCAACUUGCUGCAAAUGAAACAUCUAACGGACGCUACCUGACGCCAACUACUUCCUUGAGUAUCGUAGGAAACCAGAAUUCACCGCCGUCAAGGUCACCAAGUCAAGCAGACGACACGGAUGCCCCUAGCAACCAAACCCAUUCAGUAAACAGGGCAUACCGUGUGUCCAACAGUCAGCAACGUGAAAAGAGAAUAUUCAUUACCCUAACGUACGUUCUAUUUAGCUACUUGAUAUGCUGGUUCCCAUUCUAUAUAGCGUUCGACACUUACGCCUGGAAGCCUGACCUGGUACCAGCCGGACUAUAUUCGUUCUUCUUCUGGUCUACUUACGUUAAUUCUACACUCAACCCAUUUAUCUAUGCUUUCACUAACAAGGAAUUUCGUUUGGCGUUUAUCAAAGUUUUGAGAAGAAUCUGUGGUUUCUCGAAGAAUAGGGAAACAGCUUGAUUUGAAACAGCCUUUUGCUUUGAGAGUGCCAUCUUGAAAAAAAAUCCAACAAAACAACAACAACAAGCACUUGUUAUGACGUCAUGACGUCAACCUUUUUCCAAUACUUUUGGUUCAAAUUAAACUGUUUUAGAUCUUUAUGCUCUUUCAAAUGAUAUAACAUUCACAAUUGACUUAUUAUUGAACAACAUUCUAUUCAUAUUUGAAACUGUAUCAGAUAUUAUGAAUGUAAAAUUUAAUGGAAUUUUCAUUUGAUUCCAUCAUUUUAAUGGAAGAGAAAAAUGUUGACCUGGUUGUCAAGGUCUUUUGGCGAUAUUUUACUUCUACUGUUGUGGUGGUGAUAUUAGUAUAUAGGUCUACAGGGAGCCACAUUGAAUUUACCAAGUUCAGCCGUAUCGUUCCUGGGUAAGCUGCCCUCACUUUCGCAAAGGAACUGAUAACUUCUGUACAUGCCAGAGCAGAGGUACACUUUGAAUGACCUUAGAAAGGAUUUCAUGAUCGACCUCAACGAAAGUGACCUGCAUCGUUCGGAAAUCAAACUCGAAUGCUUCUACUAUAGGUUUUAACUAUAAUAUUUCUAACUUUACAUGAUAUAAAUUAUAUAAUUGAUGCUUUUAAAAAGCAACUGUGUUUUCACAUAUUAAUCUAAAAUUUAACUAACCAAUCCCAGAUUAUAUGUACAUGGUUAAAAAACAAUUAUAAACAAAAGUAAAUUUCAUAUUGGAUCUAUAUCAAUAACAAAAAACCCAACCUUUUCUGAUUUUCUGAGAAAUGACGCAAAUUGACUAAGAAAGCACGCAAAAACGAAUAAAAUUUAAGAGAUUUUUCUUGUUUACAUUAACAGUGUCAGAUUACUAUUUUGUUUUCCAUCAUUGAAAAACAUUAGUUAUUACCUCCACUUA